AAUAAACAUUUUUUUAAUUGCAAAUCGAUCAGAUAAAAUGCAGAAUAAAACAUCUGACUCUCGUUUAUUUAUGAAAAAUAGUUUAGAUCACAAAGAAUUAACAAAUAAUUCUUAUUAAAUAAUUAGUAAGAACGUCGGUGGGCCUGAUACCCCUAGAAUAAUCCCGAAUAAUAAACAGUACAAGUUAAAAUUUAAUAAAUUAAAUCGACAUUUGUGCAGACAUGUAUAAUACUUCCAGUCAUGACAUGUAAAAUCUUUUCAUGGGGUUUUCAAAAUAGCUCAACAGUAUUUUUCGAGAUUUUGCCAUAAAAAUACUUUGACAUUUCUCUCGCUUAUUUGCUAUGGCACCAAAAAAAGUUUUCCAGUUUGAAUGUUUUGAAUUAAAAUUUUAUAAUGUUUUUAAACGUGAUUUUGAUAUUUUGUUUGUAAAGGAGUAAAAAUAUUAUUAAUUCUUUACUCAAUGUUUUAAAUUCCUAUCAACAUUUUUUUCUUUUGGAGACAAAUACAAAAUAAAUUUUUGUCAAAGUUACGUCAUUGUUAUAGCAAAGGAGUGAUAUAUUAAUGUCCAUUUCCUCCGAUGUAGAUUAACUUUGAUCUCUGUUUACAUAACUUAUUUUUUAUCUUUAAUUUUUAGAAAAAGAUAAAGAGCAAGUUAAUCGAUAAUAAAGUUCACUUAUGUUGAUAAAAAUAGAUAUACGUGCAAAUCUUUGAUUAUGAUUAUAAUAUACAUGUAAUUUUACGAAGUCGAGUUACGAAAAUCGUGAUUUCUGCAAGCUCUAUAAACGAUGUAUUAUUUUUAUCGCUAAAUUAUAAGAUCGUUUAAUGUUUUGCGAUGUAUUUUAUAACACAUUGACUUUCUCACUACAUUUAACCGUACAUAAUAGUAAACUGGUGUUUUAAUUUACAAAUAAAAUUGCAAUGUAACGUUAAAUGUUAAGAUUUUCUUAUCUAAAACACAGUAUCUCGAAGUCGUAAAUUGGCAAUAAAAACAUGCAGCGCAUUGGUUUGAGUGUCUUUGUCGAUGCGCUGUAAAUUAAACUUGUACCAGUGAAAGAAAUAGACAGAUCAACAUACAUGAAAUUGAUGAUGCCAUCCAUAUUAUCUAUACUAGGAAAGUCGCAUAGAUAAAAUGGCUUUAAGGAGGCAGCUUUAAAAGAGUCUACAACUUUAAUGUCCAUUUCCACCAAUGUAGUUUAACUUUGAUGUUAGUUUAACUUACUCUUUCUUUUUCUAAUUCUUAAUACCAGAUAAGGAAUAAGUUAAACCGAGAUUAAAGUUAAUCUACGUCGAUGAAAAUGGAUAAAAGAGAUGAGAGAGAUUCGCGCUCGUGGGAUACUCGCAGUUGUCAAUUUUACGAAAAAAAAAAAAAAUUAUAAAGCGAAAACAACUCGAUAACAUGCACAUUCGCUAGUACUAGACUGCGUUAUCUCUGAUUAAAUAGUACUAUCAGUACAAUACAUGUUAUAUGAAAGAGAUAAGUGUAAAUCACUUCUCGCAGAUAAGAUCUCGUGAAAGAGUUAUGCAUAUCAUAUUGCUCAUUUUCGCUAUGAUAUUCGAAAACAAUUUUUGUAGUUUGAAUUUUGAAUUAUUAUUUUAAAUUAUUAAAAUUUUGUUAUAGUUUUUAAAUACAAUUUUUGUGUUACGAUUUGACUCGACUGAUUACAGAGAAAUAAAAGUGUCAUUAGAUAUUCAUUCAGUGUAAUUCUCAUCGAAAUUCUGUUUUCUUUGCAGACAAUUUAAAAGUUACAAUUAUUGUAACAAAUGAGCGAUAUACGAAUUCUAUUAAAUGAAAAGAAUAACGAUAGUCUUUUUUUUCGCAUCAAUGUCUAAUGCGAAAAUACUUUUAAUAGCUAAUAAUCUAUAUUUGGAACUAGAUAAAAACCCGUUUUCUCUUUUUUAUCGAACAAUAAAGCCACAAAUGCCGCUAAUUUAAUAAUGCUGUAAUUUCAAGCUGUUUAUAAAUUAUUCAUGAGACCCUCGCAAACUUUGAAGAACAGUUCGUUUGUCGACAAGUUUCCGCGGAGACUCAAUCGACAUAACAUGAGAAACAACUGAAACAGUAUUAUAAUCCGCAGAUGUAGAUUAAAGUGAAAAUAUCGUAUCGCGUGAUACCGAUGAAAGAUGACGGUCAUUGAUUCGACGGGUAACACACGAAUGUGUGUGGGCAUGUGUGCACAUUACAUUUGACGAAAGCAUGAAACGAGCUGAUGCGUGCGUGAGCAAUAAGUAGACGCUCAUUUCGGUCACGACUCGGUCGCUACAACCACGUGGCUGUUCGCCACCUACGUGAUUAUGAGAGACUGUCACGGAGUUGCGUACGCGCUUCAUUUACGUUUCACGUAAAACGGAGACACGGUCGAGGCUUACAUUUCUGAGGUGCUUGCUGUAACAUCCGAUACCUGAAAAAUACGGAAGAUCUGAAUUGGAAACAGAUGAACAAUUCUAAAUUUCUCUCAGGAUAAUGCAUGAACUGACAACUCAUGAUUUCAUUGCAUGGAUUCAAGUGAAUAAUUUCCUUCGCGACAGAAAGAGAAAGAGAGAGAGAGAGCAUCGAAGAAAGUGCAUAAUGUGAUCAUCCCGAAAUAAUUUAAUGUAUAUAUAAGAUAUAUACAAGAAGAAAACCCCAUUGCCUUCAUUCAGCCUACGAGUGAAAUGGUAGCAUUCUUUUAUGCCGGAGAAGGAAAAAUUUCUGCCAAACGCAUUUGAGUUCUAAAGAAACAUGCUAAAACUUUCACGUUUGCUUACGUAAAUUUGCGUAAAAAAAUUCUCUUGGCUAGAGAACAUGGAGGAUAUAAAAGUGCCGAACCUAGGGCACGCCGCAUCGGCCGCGUGUUCUAUGGCGUCCAACUUCUUGGCACCGGUGAAGACCGAGCGCCAAAUCUAUGAGAAUUCGAUGCUCGAGGACGAUCCUAAUGCCAAUUCUGUGGUGCCGACCUCGCAGGAAGACAGGACUGUGCCCAGAUGGGGUCCAAAUCACAAAGGCGCCCAGGAACUUGCGAAUUUGUACAGCACCGGAAAGAGAACACAAGAAGGAAUCUGUGUGGGAAUUUGCAUCACUCUCAUAGCUGUGAAUUCUAUGUUCGUACUCAUCAAAUUACGACUGGAAAAUUUGAGUUCCAUAGCAAUAGCUGCUCUGUGUGGUAUCAUUACGGCUGACUUUGGUUCUGGUUUGGUUCACUGGGCGGCGGACACCUGGGGAUCCGUUGAACUUCCGAUCCUGGGAAAGAACUUUUUACGACCAUUUCGUGAGCAUCAUAUAGAUCCUACCAGUAUAACAAGACAUGAUUUCAUAGAAACUAAUGGCGAUAAUUUUAUGGUCGCAAUACCAGUCCUGUCUAAGCUUACAUGGGACUUUUUAACAUUACCCGAAGCAGAAUUACAACAAAAGUUCGUGUGGACGUGCUAUUGGUUCCUGCUUGCCAUUUUUGUAGCAAUGACUAAUCAGAUACAUAAGUGGUCGCAUACGUAUUUCGGAUUACCCACUUGGGUUGUGUGGCUCCAGGAGCAUAGAAUCAUUCUGCCGAGGAAGCAUCACCGCGUGCACCACGUCGCGCCCCAUGAGACUUAUUUUUGCAUUACUACGGGAUGGCUAAAUUGGCCUUUAGAAAAACUUCACUUUUGGUACAUCCUGGAGGUGAUAAUCGAGUGGUCUACUGGCUGCAAACCCAGAGCCGACGAUCUGAAAUGGGCGCAAAAACGUUCUUGAGAAUUAAUAAUUGUCCUCCUUUCACUACUGUACAUUUUACUAUAUGCUCGAGAUAUUUAACGUACGGCCAAACGUCGGAAACAACCAAAAUACACAGACAUCGAACUAUGAGGUAGAGACUAAAGUUGAAAAGUUUGAUUGGACAAUAGUUACAAAAAAGCUUGUAUACAUGGAGUCUUCAAUUGUUCGAAGAGGUAUCGAGAUAUAUAUACAUAUUAAUACUUCUUUCUUUUAAUACUACGAGGCCUUUUGUGAAAACAGUAUGAGUAAGGACAAAUAACGAUUAUUCGAUAUGCUUUUAAAAUUUACACGUUUUUAAUACAUACGCGCAAUAAUACGUGUAUAUAUAUAUAUAUAUAUAUAUAUAUAUAUAUAUAUGAUACGACAAAUAAGAAAUAAGCAUGAGAAUUUCAGAAUCACGCUUAACAAAAUUGCAAUCAGAUAAAUUUGUUACAACACCACUACGUCGAUAACUUCUUUAUGUACCGCACAAUCAUCGCGUAUCAAAUUGCACAAACUUGUAAAUCUUAUUUCAGCACGAUAUAUAAAACAAUUUGAGAAGCAACCGUGAUAUUGAAGGCCAGGCAUGGGGCGUAAAUAAUAAGCUAAAAUACCUCAUAUUUUUUUUAAACACACGAUGCAUUUUUCUAAUGUGUCAUCAAAACAAAUAAAAGUGAACAUUAUAAAGAUAUACCAUGAAAAA